GACUGUAGAUGAGAACAUGCGUCAUGAGGAACUUCAUUUUGAAAGGUCUGGUUGACCGGAAGACGUAACAUUACUUCUCAUCCGGGGAGCCGGGAUAAACUAACAUACGCUUGCAAGUUGAUGUGUUAACUAAUAUAGAAGGGAGGAUGAGCAGCUCAGAGGAGGUGUCCUGGAUAUCCUGGUUUUGUGGACUGAGAGGGAAUGAGUUCUUCUGUGAGGUUGAUGAAGACUACAUACAGGACAAGUUUAACCUGACAGGUUUGAAUGAGCAGGUGCCUCACUAUCGCCAGGCUUUGGACAUGAUUCUUGACCUGGAGCCAGAUGAAGAACUUGAAGAUAACCCCAAUCAGAGUGACUUAAUAGAGCAGGCGGCAGAGAUGCUCUAUGGGCUGAUACAUGCACGUUACAUCCUCACAAACAGAGGCAUUGCACAGAUGUUGGAAAAGUAUCAACAAGGGGAUUUUGGGUAUUGCCCCAGAGUCUAUUGUGAGAAUCAGCCAAUGCUUCCAAUUGGUUUGUCAGACAUUCCCGGAGAAGCAAUGGUGAAGCUUUAUUGCCCAAAGUGCAUGGAUGUUUACACCCCCAAAUCCUCCAGACACCACCACACAGAUGGAGCCUAUUUUGGGACAGGGUUCCCCCACAUGCUGUUCAUGGUGCACCCAGAGUAUCGUCCAAAACGACCAGCCAACCAGUUUGUGCCAAGGCUAUAUGGUUUCAAAAUUCACCCAAUGGCUUAUCAACUCCAACUUCAGGCUGCAUCAAGUUUCAAGAGCCCAGUCAAGACCAUUCGCUAAAACUCCUGGGUUAAUGAAGACAGUGGACUCAAAGACUUUGUUGUUUACAGCAUUGGAUUAUAUAGUCUCAGUGAAUGCCUGUACAGUUCCCCAAACCCGCCGCUGUGUUGACACUUUCAGAUUCAGACAUUUCCUCACAUUGUUAUUCUGUACAAUUACAAACAUGUAAUGAGGGUCAUUCUCCUGAUACAGGUUUGAACAUUAAUUGUCAUUGUCAGUCCAUCUUUUCACAUUUUAGGGUAGUUUCUCCAAGUGGCUUUAACUCUGAUAAUGAAAGCUACAAUGUGUUUUGUUUCUUAAUUGCAGGUGAUUGAAUGUAACAGGAAAAGUUACAGGUUUGCCUUAUCAGUUAUACAGUCAGUCAGAUUAUACUUUUCAUUGACGAUUGACUAAUUUUAACUCGUGCUGCAGAAUAGAUUUUGCAUGAGAUUAUUUUCUGUUAAAAUGAAGGAUUUUAUUUGAAAACAGCAAUAUGUGCUAAUAUGGUCAGGUGCUAUUUCCAAUAAACAUUGAAUACAACAUUGAAAGUA